UGCCGCGCAGUGAUUGGCAGCGCUGUGAGCCAAUAGGAGCGCUCGGGGCGGAGCGCGGGAAGCGGAGCGGCCGCCAUGAGCACAGCGCUGACCCAGGGGCUGGAGAGGAUCCCGGGGCAGUGUGGGUACCUGGUGAUCAGCGAUGGAGCCGUCCUGGCGUCCUCGGGGGAUCUGGAGAACGACGAGCAGACGGCGGCCGUCCUCUCGGAGCUGGUGGCCACGGCGUGCGGGCUGCGGCUGCAGCGCGGCCACGACCCCCCCUUCAAACGCCUCUCCGUGGUUUUUGGGGAACACUCUCUCCUCGUCACCAUCUCUGGGCAGAAGCUCUUCGUGGUGAAGCGCCAGAACCACAGUCAGGAACCCAUCGCGGUCUGAGUUUCGGGGACCCCCUCUGUGUCCCCCAAGGAUGGGGACGCGACCCCCGCCCCGCGGUGACUCCUGUCCCUUCCAGAGCUCUGUGUGACCCAUCCCGGUGGUCCCCAAAGCCACACGGUGUCCCCCCAAACCCUCUCUUGAGACAAUAAAUUGUAUCCCG